AUGGCAGAUCUCAGGGUCCGUACUACAGCCACGCCUACUGAGGAAGAUCUCGAGACCUUCCUCGACCUACUAUCGACAUCCUAUCAGAGUGUCCCACUCACCACGGCCUUCAUAACAGAAAUCGACGGCGUGACACCGGGCACAGAGUACAGGCAGCUGUCCUCAGAUCGUCUGAGGAAGCAUUUCAGCCUAGGCUUGCCAGCCGCAUUCAAGGCGAAUGUCCUGCUCACAACAGUAUCCUCGUCUUCCUCUUCCAGACCACUUGCGGCCGUCCUCUUCGAGCCGCCCGAUUUUAGCGGUACUCCUCCUGCGCAAGCGCGAAAACAACCAGGACCAAUCCUGUCGCAGUAUCGAGCGGUCGCAAGAGAGUUGAAGGCCAAGCACAUGGCCAUACCAGAGAGCGGACCACAUCAGUGGGAUACUCCAGCUUCACCAUCGCAGGCAUCAUCUGGUCCUUCAAUGGAUCCGUAUCCGACGCAGUUCAACAAGGACGCCAACACAGAGGUUAGGACGUUCUUCCAUCUUGCGCUGUUGGUCCUGGAUACCAGUGUGCCGAAAGAAGAGGCUGCGCGCGCCGCAAAAGAGGCUGUGGGUGUCUACCUGGACAAAGCGAAGAGCGCUGACGUGCCCAUUUUCUUGGAGGCCAGCUCUUUGGAAUCUAAGAACGAGUUUCUGAGCUGGGGAUUCAAGGCAGUGGAGGAGGUUGCUGUGGGUCAGGAUAAGGUCGAUAGUAGAGGUUGGCCCACUCAAGGAGGAGAGGGCGUCAAGGUCUGGGGCAUGAUCUAUAAUCCAGAGUGCACGUGUAUUUCAGAGCAAACGACGAUGCAGAAAUGCAAGUUACACUUUUGA